AUGGGCGCCCGCGGGGUUCCAGCCCUCGGGGCUCGGCUCCCGCCGCCAUCGGCGCUGCUGCUGCUGCUGCUGGCUGUUUCCUCAGUGGCCUGCGCCUCCGACGCUGAGUACCGCCUGUUUGAGCGGCUGUUUGAAGAUUACAACGAGCUCAUCCGACCUGUGGCCAACGUGUCUCACCCGGUCAUCAUCCAGUUUGAGGUGUCCAUGUCUCAGCUGGUGAAAGUGGAUGAAGUAAACCAGAUCAUGGAGACCAACCUGUGGCUCAAGCAAAUCUGGAAUGAUUACAAGCUGAAGUGGAACCCCUCUGACUACGAUGGGGCUGAGUUCAUGCGUGUCCCUGCGCAGAAGAUCUGGAAGCCGGACAUUGUGCUCUAUAACAAUGCAGUUGGGGACUUCCAGGUGGAUGACAAGACCAAAGCUUUACUCAAGUAUACAGGGGAAGUGACGUGGAUUCCUCCAGCCAUUUUUAAGAGCUCAUGCAAAAUCGAUGUAACCUAUUUCCCAUUUGAUUAUCAAAACUGCACCAUGAAGUUUGGUUCCUGGUCCUAUGACAAGGCAAAAAUUGACCUGGUUAUGAUAGGCUCUUCCAUGAACCUCAAGGAUUACUGGGAGAGUGGCGAGUGGGCCAUCAUCAAAGCCCCGGGCUACAAACACGACAUCAAAUACAACUGCUGUGAGGAGAUCUACACCGACAUCACAUACUCACUGUACAUCCGGCGCCUGCCCUUGUUCUACACCAUCAACCUCAUCAUCCCCUGCCUGCUCAUCUCCUUCCUGACCGUGCUGGUUUUCUACUUGCCCUCAGACUGUGGGGAGAAAGUGACCCUCUGCAUCUCAGUUCUCCUCUCCCUGACUGUGUUUCUCCUGGUGAUCACUGAGACCAUCCCAUCCACCUCACUAGUGAUUCCCCUCAUCGGUGAGUACCUCCUGUUCACCAUGAUUUUUGUAACCUUGUCCAUUGUCAUCACUGUCUUUGUACUCAACGUGCAUUACCGAACUCCGACCACACACACGAUGCCCACGUGGGUGAAGACUGUGUUCCUAAGCUUGCUUCCCAGGGUGAUGUUCAUGACCAGGCCAGCCAACGAGGGCUGUACUCAAAAGCCAAAAUCCUGCUACAGCUCUGAGCUCUCAAAUCUGAAUUGCUUUAGCCGCACAGAGACCAAAGCCUGCAAGGCCGGCUAUCCGUGCCAGGAUGGGAUGUGUGGCUACUGCCACCACCACAGAAUAAAAAUCUCAAAUUUCAGUGCCAAUCUCACAAGAAGCUCCAGUUCAGAAUCUGUGGAUGCUGCUGUGCUGUCUCUCUCUGUUUUGUCACCGGAAAUCAAAGAAGCUAUCCAGAGUGUCAAGUAUAUUGCUGAAAACAUGAAAGCACAAGAUGAAGCCAAAGAGAUUCAAGACGAUUGGAAGUAUGUUGCCAUGGUUAUUGAUCGUAUUUUUUUGUGGGUUUUCAUCCUGGUGUGCAUUUUGGGAACAACAGGACUGUUUCUCCAACCCCUAAUGGCCAGGGAUGAUGCAUAAGCACUUCACAGUGUGUUUUUCUGAGGGGUACUUGUGUGUGUGUGGAAGGAGGGGGCUGUUUCUUUUAAUUAUUUUUUUAUUGUAUUAAUUCACUGAGCAAAAAAAUGUAUCAUCCAAACCAUUUUUAAGUGCACAAUGCAAUGGUUUAAAUAAGCUUAAUUGUUAUUUUAACUAUCACUACCAUCCAUUCUCAUAACUCUUGUAAAUCUUAUAAAAUUGUAUACUCAUUAAAGAAUAACUAUCCAUUACUCCUUUCCACCCAGCCAUUGGCAACCCUUUUUCUACUUUCUGUCUUUAUAAUUUUGACUCUAUGUACCUCAUGUAAGUGGAUUUAUAUGUUUGUUUUUUGUGUUUCAUUUAGCACAUGUUCAAGGUUCAUCCAGGUUGCAGAGUUUUCUUUCUUCUUAAGGCAGAAUAAUAUCCUAUUGUAUGUCUAGAUGACUCUUUGCCAACUAUUAAUCCUUCAAUGAACCCCUGGUUUGCUUUCAUGCUUUUAGCUAUUGUGAAUAAUGCUGCUAUGAACAUGUGUAUGCAAAUAUCUCUUCAAAUAUCUCUUGCUGUCCAUUCUUUUGAGUAAAUACCUAGAAAUGGAAUUUCUGGAUUAUAUGGUAAUUGUACUUUUAAUUUUUGCUGUUUUCCACAGUGGCUGCACCAAUUUACAUUCCCACUAACACUGCACAAGAGUUCCCGCUUCUCCAUAUUCUGGCCAACACUUAUUUGUUUUUGUUUUUGUUUUUUUUUUUUUUUUUUUUUUUGAUACUAGCUAUCUUCAUUGUGGUUUUUGAUUUAUAUUGCCCUGAUUUUUAGUGAUGUUGAUCUUUUCAUGUACCUGUUAGCCAUCUUUGGAAAAAUGUCUUUUCAGUUCUCACUACCCUUAUCAGAUAUAUGGUUUGCAAAUAUUUUCUUCCUUUUCAUUUUAGAGAUGGUUUCCUUUGCUAUGUAGAGCUCCUUAGUUAGCUGUAGUCUGACAUGUUUUUCUUUGCUUUUGUUGCCUAUGUUUUGAUGUCAUGUCAGAAGCCUCAUAACCAAGACUAAUGUCAAGAAACUUAACACCUGUUUUCUUCAAGAAGUGAUAUGACUUCAGGUCUUACAAUCAAGUCUUUAAUACAUUUUAAGUUAAUUUUUGUGCUUGGUGUGUAGGGCCCACUUUUAUGUGGCCCACAUUUUUGCAUGUACAGUCCAGUUUUUUCAACACCAUUUAUUAAGAAACUGUCCUUUCUCCAUUAUAUAUUCUUAGCUCUUUGUCAUAAAUUGACCAUAUAGUAUGGGUAUAUUUCUGGGCUCUCCAUCCCAUCCCUUUGAUCUAUGUGUCUGUUUUAAUACCAGUACCAUAUUGUUUUGAUUACUUUGGCUUUGUAAUACAGCUUGUAUUCAGGCCAUAUGAUACCUCUAGCUUUGUCUUCUUUCUCAAGAUUGCUUUGGUUAUUGGAGGUCUUUUGUGACUUCAUACAAACUUUUGGGUUGUUUUAUUUCUGUGCAAAAUGCCACUGGUCAUUUGAUAGAGGUUCCAAUAAGUCUGUAGAUGUUUUGGCUAUUAUUGACAUUUAACAAUUUGAAUUCUUCAGUCUAUGAGCAUGCAAUCUCUUUCCAUUUAUCUGUGUUUUCCGUUUCUCUCAUCUAUGGCAUAGAGUUUUCAUUGUACAAGUCUUUCACCUUCUUGAUUACAUCUGUUCCUAGGUAUACACUGCAUUGUAAGUAUCGUGCACUUUACGUGGAAUUGUAAAUGAGAUUGUUUUCUUAAUUUUACUUUCUGAUGGUUCAUUCUUAGUGUAUAAAUAUGAAACAGGUUUUUGUGUGUUGAUUUUGUGUCCAGCAACUUUACUGAAUUCAUCUAUUGAUUCCAAUUUUUUUUUAAUAGAGUCUUUUGGGUUUUCUAUAUGUAUAAUAUCAUGUUAUCUACAAGUUUUAGUUCUUUACAAGUUUUAGUUCUUCCUAUACAAUUAGAUGCCUUUAAUUUCUUUUUCUUACCUCCUUGUUCUGUUUGGCUAGGGCUUACAAAACUAUGUUGCAUAAAUCAGUAGCAAGACUUGGCAUCCUUGUCCUAUUCCUGAUCUUAAAGCAAACAUGAAAGCUUUUUACUGCUGAGUACCAUGUUAGCUGUGGGUUUGUCAUUACUUGGGGUAUCUUUCUUCUGUUCCUACUUUAUUCACUGUUUUUAUCUUAAAUGGGUUUUGAAUUUUUUCGUAUGCUUUUUUGCAUCUAUUGAGAUGAUUGUUUUAUUUUCAUCCUUCAUUUUCUUGAUGUGGUGGUUACAUUUGUGGUGUUUACAUGUUGAGCCAUUCUUGCAUGCCAGGAAUAAAACCCUCUUGGCCAUGGUAUGUAACUCUUUUAAUGUAUUCUGGAAUUUGUUUUGCAAUAUUGCUAAUAAAUUUGUUCAGAAUUUUUGCAUUUACAUUCAUCAGGUCUGUAAUUUAUUUUUUUAUGCAUGGUGUCAUAUGGCUUUUGUGUCAGGGUAAUGCUGACCUCAUAUAAUGAGCUUGGAAGUUUCCCUCUUGUAUUUAGGGAAGAGUUUUAAAAGGAUAGAUAUUAAUUCUUCUUUGAAUAUUAACAGAAUUCACCAGUGAAGCCAUCUGGUCCUGGACUUUUGUUUGUUGGGAGAUUUUUGAUUACUGACUCAAUCUCCUUGCUAAUAAUUGGUCUGUUUAGAUUUUUCAUUUCUUCAUGACUCAGUCUUGGCACAUUAUAUGUUUCUAGAAAUUUAUUCCUUUGAGGUUGUCCAAUUGUUAUGAUAUAAAUUUUCAUAGUAGUCUUUUAUGAUCUUUUGUAUUUCUGUAGUAUCAGUUGUGACAUCUCCUUUCAUUUCUGAUUUAUUUCAGUCUUCUUUUUCUUGGUGAGUCUAGCUAAAGGUUUGUGAAUUUUGUUUUUCCUGCCUUGCCCAUUUGUUGAAUCAGAUUAUUUUUGUUGUUGAUGAAUUAAGGGGUUUCUAUAUAAUGUAAAUAUUAAUCCUUUAUCAGAUACAUGAGUUACAUUUUAUCCCAUUUUGUGGGUUGCCUUUUUAUUCUGUUGCUAGUGUCAUUAGAGGCACAAACUUAAAAAGCAAAAUCAUUGAGGUCCAUUUUGUCAUUUUGGAACCUGUUUCUUUUGUGUCAUAUCCCAGAAAUCACUGUCACACCUGAUGUCAUGAAGAUUUUGUCAUUUUAUUCUAAGAGUUUUAU